AGGAAACAGCAUUUCGGGCGUCUUGGGCUUGCUGCGGAAUAACAGGCAAAAAUCGCUCGAAAUUCGUGAUAUUUCCUCGUGUUCGCGUGUUCUAAACGGAUAAGUAAUCAUGGAGGAUGGAGAUUAUGAUAACGAUGACGUCGGCGGGGAUGAUUUCGAUGAUGUCGAGGACGAUGAAAACAUUGAUGAGCUGAACCAGGAAGAGGACGGAGAUAACAUUGAAAUCAUCAACCCGGGUCAGGCCGGUGGUGGCGUGCCGAAAAACAAACGCAUUACGACCAAGUACAUGACGAAGUACGAACGGGCGCGAGUGCUUGGCACACGGGCGCUUCAGAUUGCAAUGUGCGCACCGAUCAUGGUGGAGUUGGAAGGUGAAACGGACCCCCUACAGAUUGCUAUGAAGGAGUUGAAGCAACGUAAAAUCCCCAUCAUCAUCCGGCGCUACCUUCCCGACUCUUCGUACGAAGAUUGGAGCAUCGACGAACUAAUCAUUAUUGAUCACUAGUGUGUAACGAGUGUAAUUUUAUUUUGAAAAUAGACCUGGGCGGAAAUAUUUGUACGA